AUGGCGCGAACUGGUAUCACGUUUUCCCAAGCGGGAGUUGAUGCGCGCCGCUUGAAGGCUCUCGAGGACAAGGACUACCCUGCCUUGAAGCGAAUAUGCGUCGCUCACGUCAACAAGCUGAAACAGGCGGCUGCGGUGAAGCGCAAGCUUGCCGCAAAGCAAAAAUCGGCAGAGAAAGAAGCGAAGAAGCAAGCGCGGAUGCUGGAAAACGAAGAGGAGCGGAUGUGUAGCAUUCGGCGGUGCCGUGACCGGACUUCUGGCAGGCGGAAAUGCACAGAGAGUGAGCUGUACCCAGCUCGUGCAUGUGGUGACAAAGAAGUCUCGGGCUUGUCCAAAAUAUUGUGACGUGUCCGCCCAUCCUGCUGUUUUGAUUGGUUGGAAAAUGUUUUAAAAGGUCUAUUCGGCUAGCGACCAAGGACAUUUUUUCGCCCUGAAAAACUUAUAAUCUCGAGGUCUAACUGUGGUAUCAAUUAAGACGUGAUGAUUGAUUUGAAUGUGCUACUUGAAGACAUGAGGAUGGUUGAAUGGAGCUCACGGUUUUAUUGGGUACUCCUUGCAAGAAAGGACAUGCAGUGUGGAUGAGUUCUUACAGGAAAUCCCGAGAAAAUAAAACUUGAAACAUCAAAACUAGGACACUUAACAGUAGAGUAAUGGAUGAUGGAUAAGAACGGCAACGAGUUGCCCAAUUAUCCAUUAGCAAGGGGGAACACAGUGACCCGUGUCCCUUGCAAAAUAUCAUUGCUGCAUUGCUGCAUGCAACCGAAUUCUUCUAAUCUCGGACCACAAAUGACGUCACAUGACCAAGUGAAAUUUCUUCUAAAACGUAGACCAAAUGACGUCACAUGACCAGGUGAAAAUACAACACCUCGAUGGCCUCCAAAUCUGCAGUUGAGCCCAUGGUCGGGAAGCCCCUUUCGCACAUUCCCAGUUUGAUCCCUACCGCAAGCCUCCCAUUGUGUUCGGAGCAGCCGGCAUUCGGAUCCCUGCCGUCGUACCACAUAAAUAGCCCCUCCGAUAGGACUUGAGGCAAGGCGGGAAGGCUGUAUCGGGUUUCGUGCAAAGGUGCUCUCCCAUAUUGACCUCGCGGCUGGAACACAUCGUCUUCUCUGCUGAUCGCUGUGUAUCCAGGUGGAACAACAUAUUCGCCUGAUUGAGAGCGAAGUAUCUGAUUGAGAGCGAGAGCCAAAAAAAUUGAAAUUUCGGGUCCAGACGCCUCUUGCCAUUUCUUGGCAAGUAGGGGACGGGCUAUUCCAAGAAGCGGUGCAAAUUGAAGGUCUCAUCAGCAGCUUCGCGAGCAUAUGCGUGUCAUCGUCAUCGGAUGCUGCAGCGAGGAGCUAGACAAGUUGCUAGAUUUGCCCAGAUUGGCUAUUUCUGCUCAAACUGUUUCAGGGCGGUAUCGCGUCGGGCGGUGGGCUCUGCUGUAGCUUCUGCUCCCCGCUGUAGCUCCACAACGAGAGACUCCCACAGGAUGACCAGGGUAGCGGCUUGAAGCUACGGGCUAGCCCUUCAAUUCAAGCUACACAGCAAGCUCCACCUCUCAGUGGUAGUCCGGCUACAGCGUAUCGCGCAAUCUCGCUCUCAAUCAGAUGCUACGCUCUCAAUCAGGCGAAUAUGUUGUUGUGGGUAAUUCUACGUGUUGUAUCCUUCGCCGUACUCCGUAACAUGUCCACACCACUGCUCCACACGGAGAGACCAACUGCCACUCGCUGCUACUGCUGACCUUCAUGACGGAUGCUCUUCAACGGGAUUAAGACAUGGUUGCGACAAGAUGUCUCGGCAAACCGCUCUGAGGAACACCAGGGAAGUUGACAACAAUCGCCACAUUGGAUGUAUAUCAUUUGAACACUUUCCGUGCUCUACUGAUGCUGAUUACCAAGACCAAACAUACCAGGAAACCAGCUAACACGAUACAAACUGAACGCUAUGCCGUACCUACCAUGCACCAGGUGUACCAUUCUCUUCUACUGUAAGCAUCACUGAUACGCUACCCCAAAUUGUCAAAUAAGUUUCUUUGUUUGAAAAACGAGUGAUGUACUGCUGCUGUAGCCCUCUUUUCAUCUUCCAUGAUUUUUACAUCAAUAUUAUUUAUUUCUCCUUAAAUUCCUAAAACCAGCAAGCUGUCAAUAGACACUGCGCCGUGUCCCCUGUGAAGGUUACAUCUUACAGUAUACGACACACUACGGAGGGAUUCUCCCCGAUAU